GGUCCUCAAAGUUUAAGCUGGUCCCCUUACUACUGCAACCUAAAUUUAAUUCUGGAGCUCAAAAAUCAUAGCAAGAGUUGGGAGUAUCAAGACAAACUUAGACAAACAGUACUAGGCUGCAUAAUCAAUCACAAGAUGCCUGCAGCCCCUAUACCCCAAAUUUUAGUUUUUUAAUCAUAUCCUUGAGACUUGAAAGCUCAGUUUUUUUUUAAAUCUCUUUUUUCCAACUAAAUCAGUAAUCACAGCUCUGAUCUCUAUGUCAUUUGCACUGAUCAUUUUGAAAGGAAUUUUUCUGUAUUUUACUCUUGGAAAAAGACAUGCAAUUUAUGUUCCUGAACUUGGUCGUUUUCAGUAGUAUAUGAUCCUUAAGAAUAUGGUUGAAAACCCCAAGAAACAGAAGGCUCAAAACUAGAGUAAAAAAGAUAACUUUUUAAUCUGAUACUGAUUUUCUCUCAUUGCAAAUAUUCAAAUGGAAAACAAAACAACUCUCUUUGCUUUCUUUGCUUUGCUGCUAAUUCAUGGUUUCUGCAUAAGUAAAGGGGAUGAUGAUAUACUAGCACCCAUGGAAAUGGAAGAGAAAGAGGCCCUUUACUUAACCAUCCAAGGUUUUAUAGGGAAAUGGUGGAAUGGCUCAGACCUGUAUCCUGACCCUUGCGGAUGGACACCUAUUCAGGGAAUGUCCUGUGAUUUCUUGGAUGGCUUUUGGCAUGUCUCAGUUUUAAGCAUUGGACAAGUCUAUGACAACUCACUCAACUGUUCACCAAAUGCAGAGUUUGAUAGUCAUCUAUUCCAGCUCAAACAUUUGAGAAGACUUUCUUUCUCAAAUUGUUUUCUCUCAUCUCACAGAACUGCAUCAGUCAGAAUUCCAAGUAUGUCAGAUUGGAGCAAACUUGCUAACGGUCUAGAGUACCUAGAGUUUCGGUUGAAUCCGGGAUUGACAAGAACCAUUCACAAUGCAUUUGGUUGCCUGAUAAAUCUUGAAUCCCUUGUGCUCGUAGAAAAUGGAUUGACAGGAGAAUUACCAUUUGAGUUAGGCAAUUUGGUUCAACUAAAGCGCCUGGUUCUCGCUGGAAAUCGCUUUUUCGGCCAGAUUCCAGCUAGCCUAGGAGGGUUGACAGAACUUCUGAUCUUUGAUGCUAGUAGGAAUUUCCUCUCAGGCCCUUUGCCUAUAACUCUUGGAGGAUUAAUUUCCCUCAUAAAGCUUGAUCUAAGUAACAAUCAAGUUGGUGGGAAGUUUCCAGGGGAAAUUGGAAAUCUUAAGAACCUUACACUAGCUGAUCUAAGCUGUAACAACUUUUCAGGUGGAUUGCCUGAAUCAAUACAAGAAAUGCCAUCUUUACAAGAACUUUUGCUGUCGAAAAACCCGAAUCUUGGUGCAGACCUUAUGGUAAUUUCAUGGAAAAAUCUGCAGAAUUUGGAAGUUUUGGACCUUUCUUACACUGGGACAACAGGAAAUGUGCCAGAAUCUGUGUCAGAAUUGAAACAACUGAGGUUUCUUGGACUGAAUAACAACCACCUCUCAGGAUCCAUACCUCAAAGUUUCCAAAGUCUACCAAGUAUCAGCUCUCUUUACCUGGAUGGCAACGAUUUUUCUGGGAAACUUGAAUUUCCAGAAUGGUUUUAUGAAAAAAUGGGGAGCCGUUUUAGAGUUUCUGAUAAUCCAAAUCUUUGUUGCACCCUUCAAAAUAUGUCAUCAAGGCAUGUUCCUGUUGGGAUACGUACAUGUGAUCAGCACUAAAAUGAUUUUAGCAGCAUAUUUGCAGAAAAAAACAUUUCUUUUUUUGUUCCUUUUUUUUAUUUUAAUAGUGAAGUUAUUGUUAUAGUUUUUUCUAUGCACAUAUUGUAUUCCAAGCGAUAUGAAUAAUGUGAUUAGUUUUUUUAUCACAUGAAAAUGUCACAUGUACUAUGGAGCAUUUGUAUGGC